CCUGCUCUGGGGUGGGGCCAAGCGCCUCUGGGCGGGCUCUGGGGUCCCGGGGAGCCCCCCACCGGAUCACCUCAAUCUUCUCUUCGGUUCCCAGCUUUCCUCGGAGCCUCAGGAAGCGGCUGGAACCGGACUAACAGUAGAAGAGCGAGGGGCCUGUCAACCUCGAGAGCUGCUCUAGGGUCGGGUGUCCUGGCGCGGUGGAAAGCGUCUUUGAGGCCGCCGCCUGGCAGUCAACGCGAGGUUUUGUAGAGUCAUGUCCAGUAAGCUGGAACCGGAAUCGGCUAUGGUCAGGCCCCAGGAUCCGAAUCAGGGACACGGAUCUGAGACUUCUCUUGUCAGCCACCGGAUUAGAAUCCACUGGCAGGGUGUAGACUUCCCCAAGAGAUAAUAAAAAUGUUUCCAUUUUAUUGGCUAAAAUGUUUCCAUUUAGCCACAAGAGUCCACAGGUAAUAGUCCAGCAAGUGAUAAGCAGCUGUUAGCGAUUGUAGGAGGGAAGAGGCAACCUCCAUCGCAGCCGGCUUCGCCCUGACAGAGUUCUUGUUUGGGGCCGAAUGUCACGUUGCCCAUUGUUCACUCCACUGCCCAGGAGGGAGGCAGGAACGUCGCGUGUGAGGCGAUUCCAUUUUCAGAAAGUGCUUUCUACUUAAGGAUACUGCUGUCCUGUACAGUUGACUGACUUUUCCACUUGAUGCAAUGUGUCUAAAUGGUUUUUUGUUUUGUUUUGUUUUGUUUUGUUUCAUGGAAUUGCUGGCCAUGUGUAAUCUAGGACUAAGUUCUCAUUCAGCAGUUUGGAUGUGUUUUAUAACCCUCCUUGCCAGAUCCGGGCCAGGGAGGUUUGGCAGACAAUGAACUUAAAAUUUACCAAUAUACCUCGGUUUUAUCAGCCUGGGUACUGCACAGACUGGUUCUGUAUCUUACACGGUGAGUAUAUUCAGCUCUUCUUAGUGCACCCAUGUCUCAUUUCUCUGAAACAUAAUCUCUAACCUGAUCUUAGCUCAGAGGCAAGAACAUAAGUACUUAUACAGGUAAGAACAAAAAUACCUAGCAAAUUCUCCCACCAUUUGAGUGAUUAAUAAAAAGCAAACCUUUCAUUUAUUUUCUAGCACCUGAAAAUGUCUUUAAACCUUUCCAUUAAAGUAUGCAUAGAUGAAUGUGCAGACCAAAAUAAAGGCAUCAAGAUAUUAUAUUUUAAAAUGAGUCAAGAUUAAAUGUGAUCUCCUUUUUAAAGCAUAUUGCAGUAUUCCAAGUUCAUAUCCUUAUAAAGCUACCUGAGAGAACUAGGCAAAAUAGCAGUUCUCUUCUUUCUGGAAUCUUAAUUCCAGUUGUGAAUUUCUCUCACCGUCCAAAUCAACAUGCAGUAAAUAAAUAUUCUAAGCACCUGGAAGUGGGAGAGGUGGUGCAGACGCAGGGGGAAGAGUAAACCCAAUACCAUAAGUUGCAUACCAACAGAUCUGGAUAUCAUCAUGAAUAAUUAGCUUUUCCACAUGCCUUGGAAGUUUCAGCAAGCACCUAGGGAACAUUUUAAGAAUCCUAAUCUCUCUCAAGAAAUGGGCAGCUUUUUUUUAAAAAAGAUCAUUCCUCACUUUCUCUUAGCCUUUCAGCUACAUAGCUAGUCCAUUAACUUAAGAGAUUUUAAAUAAAUGCCAGGGGAAAGGAAAAGGAAAACUAUAUAACCAAGUAAAUCUGUAUCUAAUUAGGACAAACUGGAUGACUAGGGUGUUGUCAGCUGAUAAAAAUUAUCCUCAGCUAAGGAUCCUUAAGGUCUGAUUACAGAAGUGAAACUAGCCCACCCACACACCUGAAGUUUAUAUAAGAGACCAACCGAGGCGCUUCCUGGUUUUUAGGAAGAAGACUGGUAUGGGGAAAUGUGUUCCUUGCUAAUUCUUCCAAGCCAUGGCACUUCCCAACAAAUUCUUCCUUUGGUUUUGCUGCUUUGCCUGGCUCUGUUUUCCUAUCAGCCUUAAUUCUCAGCCUUCUAGGGGAGAAGCUCAGACUGUAGCUAGAACUGCGUUGGAAUCUGAGGCUGAGACUUGGUCCUUGCUGAAGCAUCUAGAUGGGAGACACAGACCUGGUCUUCUUUCCCCUCUCUUAAAGGUUCUGUAUGAUGGGCACAGGGGACCCCCCAGGCUGCAGCCAGAUGACAGAGCUUUGCGCUACAUGAAGAGGCUCUAUAAGACAUACGCUACCAAGGAGGGGACCCCUAAAUCCAACAGAAGCCACUUCUACAACACUGUUCGGCUCUUCACCCCCUAUGCUCAGCACAAGCAGGCUCCUGGGGACCAGGCGACAGGAACCCUUCCAUCAGUGGACCUGCUGUUUAACCUGGAUCGUGUUACUGUUGUGGAACAUUUAUUCAAGUCAGUCUUGCUAUAUACUUUCAACAACUCCAUUUCUUUUCCCUUUCCUGUUAAAUGUGUAUGCAACCUGGUGAUAAAAGAGCCAAAGUUUUCUAGCAAGACUCUCCCUAGAGCUCCAUACUCAUUUACCUUUAACUCACAGUUUGAAUUUAGAAAGAAAUACAAAUGGAUUGAGAUUGAUGUGACAGCUCCUCUUGAACCUCUGGUGGCCUCCCACAAGAGGAAUAUUCACAUGUCUGUAAAUUUUACAUGUGUGAAAGACCAGCUGCAGCAUCCUUCAGCAAAGGACAGCCUGUUUAACAUGACUCUUCUCGUAGCGCCCUCACUGCUUUUAUAUCUGAACGACACAAGUGCUCAGGCUUUUCACAGGUGGCAUUCCCUCCACCCUAAAAAGAGGCCUUCACAGGGUCCUGACCAGAAGAGAGGGCUGUCUGCCUAUCCCAUGGGAGAAGAAGCUGCUGAGGGUGUAAGAUCGUCCCGUCACCGGAGAGACCAGGAGAGUGUCAGCUCUGAAUUGAAGAAGCCUCUGGUUCCAGCUUCAUCCAAUCUGAGUGAAUAUUUCAAACAGUUUCUUUUUCCCCAGAAUGAAUGUGAGCUCCAUGACUUUAGACUUAGCUUUAGUCAGCUGAAGUGGGACAACUGGAUUGUGGCCCCACACAAAUACAACCCUAGAUACUGUAAAGGGGACUGUCCCAGGGCGGUCGGACAUCGGUAUGGCUCUCCGGUUCACACCAUGGUGCAGAACAUCAUCCAUGAGAAACUUGACUCCUCAGUGCCGAGACCAUCCUGUGUACCUGCCAAGUACAGUCCUUUGAGUGUUUUGGCCAUCGAGCCUGAUGGCUCAAUCGCUUAUAAAGAAUAUGAAGAUAUGAUAGCCACUAAGUGUACAUGUCGUUAACACAGACUCCCGUCAAGUAAAACCAAAAAUGGGACUGAAAACAAAAGCUUCAGGUGGCCCAGUUUCCAAUAACUUUGCCAUCUUGUUGUAUAACUUGGAGUCAUUAUUCUUGGGUACAUGAGGCUGCAAGAGUAAGAGAGAAAUGAUGUUUUGUUAUUCUUAAGAUUAAAAAAUAUUUGGAAUAGUCAGGCUACAAGUGAUGGUGACAGGGUACAACUGAGCUUAUUAAAUCUCCCUUAAUAUGCUAAAGGGAGCCAGAAGAGUUGCCUGAGCCCACAAAGUGUGCAGUGGAAGCUGGGGAUUGAUAUUCCAGGCUUGACAAGAGUAGUAGUGGAAGCUUUUUGCCCCUAAGGUGGAAUGGUUUGGAGUUGAAUUAUGUGCUCCAAAAGAGGUCACCUGUUAAAUGACUUUUGUGUUCAACUUUUUGUGCAGACUUUUUGAAGGCAUAGUGCACUGAACCCUGAAGUUCUAGAACAUAGAAAUCAUAGGAUUUCCAUUUUAGUUGGAAACUUUCUUUCUGUGUAAAGAAACAAACAUAGUUUAAUGGGCAGAUUGGCCCUUUGAUAUCAUUUAGGCAGCAGCUCAAUUCUUUGGGAAAUUGAAAACUUUGUCUUACAAAUCUCUGAAAACCAUAACCUCUUUAAGAUUAUUUAUCAAAAUAUAGUUUACCCUUAAACAACACAAGGGUUAGAGGUGCUGACCCCUUGCAUAGUCAAAAAUCCAAAUGUAGGGACUUCCCUGGGGUCCUAGUGGUUAAGACUUCCACUGCAGGUUCAUCCUUGAUCGGGCAACUAAAGAUUUCACAUAUGGCGAGACCAAAAAAUAAAAAAUUCACAUGUAACUUAUGAUUCCCCACAAAAUUUAACUACUAACAAACUGUUGACCAGAAGCCUUACCGGUAUCAUGAACAAUCAAUUAACACAUAUUUUGUUAGCUCUAUGUGCUAUAGGGCUUCCCUGGUGGCUCAGCGGUAAAGAACCCACCUG